CAUCCAUCCUAUGUGCGUCAUUAUAAAAUCCAUCGAGAUUCACGUAAUGAUAUGCAAACAGCAACGAUUGGUUUACAUUUUGUCAUAAAUGAAUAUCAUUUUGAAAAUGGCAAAUUAAAGAUCCGUUGCAUAGCUGAAAUCGGUGAUAUUUAUCACAAAUCAUCGGAGAAAACGUUAUUGGAUAUGGACUAUCAUCAUAAAUAUUUGGCAAGCAAUACAGUGAAUAUGAUACCAACAGAUCAUGAAAAUGAUUAUGAUCAAUAUGCCCUGCAAGAUGGUGAAAUGCUGCGGAAGGAGGAUACGUAUUUUACGCAAAUAACGGAUUUCUUUAAUAACUUUAUGAGCUCAAAUGAUGCCGAAAUUUCGGCAUGGUCUUCAGCGAGUUCAACCAACACCUUGAAAUUGUUAUCCUUCUCAACGAGUGUUGUCUUAAUUAGCUUUGUGCAUUUAUGUUGGUAUUCACAAAUUGUUCAAGGAAUCUUUUCAUGAAAACAUUAACAAGUUAAGAGGAGGACUUAUAAUAAUUAG